UAAGGAAUUAAAAGGUACACCCACAAAAGCAUUCCCCAUGCGGCUACACUUCUCCAAAAGUGAGAGGUGCAAGAGAACCCGCCACCAUGAGCCGGAGCUGACUUGGCGUGUGUCUGGGAGUGAACGGCUGUUCCUCAAGGAUCUGACUUUCGCUCCAUUGUGAGUGAACUGGCAAUCAGAAUGGCCAAUGAUACCCAGUUAUGGAGGCGACUCCUUUUCUUACAAAUUACGAAGGCCUGUUGGUUGAGGUUGUAGUAAAAUGUUGUUAUCCCCAAUUAAAAACAUCCCCAGUUUUAUCUCCCUUGAAGAUUUUCUUUUCUUCAUUUCACCAUCAUCCCCACCUUCUUUAUUUGUAGCAAAAUCUGUUACGUUUUUUCAUUUCAACUCAAAGUCAAUUUUGGGAUAAUCUUUUGAUCCUCUCCUUUUCCUAUUUAACUUCCCUUCUAGAACUACACAUUUUCACCUUUCUCACCUUUUUUUUUUCUUUUCUUUUCUUUUGGUGCAAUUGGUCAAUUCUUCUUCAGGAAGGCUUCAUCCAGUUCUUCUAAGAAAGGGAGAAAAAAAAUUAUGUAGAUAUUCCAUCUGGGUAUUCAGAAAGUUUGACUCUUAAAGGUGUGUCUAGAAUUGGGUGUUGUAAAAUUUUUGUCUUUUCAGAUGAUUUGCCACUGGAUGUUGGGGAUUCUGAUUGUUCCGUGAAUAGCUGGAAGAGGGUAUCUUUGAUUUUGAUUCUUCAAGGAAAAAUUGUAAGUGGUAUUUGGAGUUUUUUUUUUUUGUACUAAAGGAGAUUUUUGACG